UCGAAGUCGCGGGUGGAGGACGUUCGGCGGGAAAACACCAGCAACUCAAAAACUCAGAAACCAAAAAUCCAAAUAAACUUAAAUAACUACAACCAAUCUUAGACAAAACAAAACUUAAAAAAAAAAGAAGAACGUGUGAUAAGAACAGCAGAAACAACAGCAACAACCAAAGCUUACUUUUGAUUUUCGAGCGUGUGUGUUUGGAUUUAUUUCUUUGCCAUAUAAAUUCGUGCAAUCCGAAAACCCAAAAACCAUAAUAACAACAACUAAAACGUGGUUAAAAAAUUCGUUGUUUUUUUGGUUUCACUUUUUUUUACUGUGCGUUCGAGUGUGUGUGUGUGUGUGUAUUAGUUUGUUUGCUUUUUAAUUAGUUCGACUCUUGUUUUGAUUUUUGUCUUUUUUUUUGUGUACGAGAUCGCUGUUUUGUGUUUCAGCAGAACAGAAACAACUAAAACCGAAACGAGAGCGAAAACAAGCAUGUGGCAGCCAUGAGGCAGCAGCGUUUUAAUCGCUGCCAGCUGUUAUUAUGCCCGGCCACUUGUUGCAGGCAUUCAUGAUGCAACUGCGGCAACAGCAAGCGGCACAACGAACUCGAUUCAAGUCUUUGGCGGGCCUCAACCAAAAACACUCAUACGCCAUGUGGGCGUUCGGAGGCGAUCGGUGGAUGAUGUUGCAUGAACACCAGAUAACAACAACAAUAACAACAACAACAACAACGACAACAGCAAUCGCAACGGGCGCCACAAUGGCCCACGGCCAAGGCUAAGGUGGCUAUUCGCCACAUCCACAGCCACAGCCACAAAAAGCCAGAAGCAACAGCAGCAGCAGCACCACCAACAAAAUACUAAUACAACCACCAUUGCCACCAGCCCCUACAACAACAACUAGAACAACAACUAGAACAACAAAAACAAGAAGGAGAACAACAAAAAGCAACAACGACAAGAACAACCAACUGAAACAUCAACAAAAGUUGAAGAAUUCCGUUGAACUCAAACGAAACAAAACAUCAACAAAAUGUCUGAGUCACGCCGACAAUCGGUGAGCUCGAGGGCGAUGCCGCCGGGCGUUUUGGCCAACGAUAGCCGGGCCAACUCCACCGAUGACAUCCAGAUCGCCUUGGCGCCGCACAUCCAGACGUACUUGAGCCAAACGGGUCGGCGGCACUCCUGCUGCAGCGUCAUGCUGCCGGUGGCCUUCGAGCGGGCUGCGGCCAAGUCCUGGCUGGAUCCCAAGUUCGAUUCCCCCGUUCUGGAGGAGCAGUACCAGGCCAGCGUCUUUCCCCACGUCCGCAUGCGAUACAGGUUCACCCUCUCGUACAUCCUGCUGUGCUCGCUGAUGUGGUGCCUGUACUUCGUGGUGGACGGCGGAUCGGAGGACUUCUGGCGCCCCAUCUCCAGCUCCUUCUCGAUGCUCUCGCUGGUGACGAUAAUGGCGCUGUGCUUCACCCACUGGGACCUGUACAGGGAGCACCGGACGGUGACCUCCGCGGUGACAGCGCUGAUGCUCUGCGGCGCCUCGCUGGCAUUCCUCACCUACACCGGCAGGGCGUUCAGUCCGCUGGGCCACUUCGCCAUCUGCCUGGAGAUCGUCCUGCUGAUCUACACCGCCCUGCCAAUGCCGCUCUGGUUGGGCGCCAGCACGGCCAUCAGCUACUCCAUCGCCUUCGAGAUGGUCUCCCACAUGGUAAUUGGUUGCAGUGCCAUUCACGGAGGAGCCAUCCACGCUGGCGGGGUGGCGGCUGAAGGAGCUGAGGGAGCGGGGGUGGCGGGUGUUCCGAGCACCGGAGAUCCCAGCAACAGAAUCCUCGUCCUGCGCAUAAUGGCCCACCUGAGUGUCCAUUUGGUCGGGGUGCAUGUGCUCAUCAUGAAUUUGGUGCGCAUGCGCGGCACCUUCAUGAAGGUGGGUCAAAAUCUCCUCGUGCGCCGCCAACUGGAGAUGGAGAAGCAGCUGAAGGAGAAGAUGAUCCACUCGGUGAUGCCUCCCAAGGUGGCUGAUAUGCUGUUGAACGAGGGAGGUCCUUCGGGCUUGGAUUCCGGCGGAAUGCCACCGGAAUCGCAUUACAUGCGACCCAGAGCCUCCAACGAUGUGAAGUCCCUGUUUCGUCCCUUCCACAUGCACAGCAUGGAGAACGUGAGCAUUCUGUUCGCGGACAUCGUCGGAUUCACCAGGAUGUCCUCGACGAAGACGGCCGAGCAGCUGGUGGAGAUCCUCAACGAUCUGUUCGAGCGAUUCGACGAUCUCUGUUCGCUGAGUGGCUGCGAGAAGAUCUCCACGCUGGGCGACUGCUACUACUGCGUUUCGGGGUGCCCGGAGCCUCGGGCGGAUCACGCCAUCUGCUGCGUGGAAAUGGGCCUGGGGAUGAUCGACGCCAUGCGCUGCUUCGAUGCCCAGCGACACGAGGGCGUCAAGAUGCGGGUGGGCGUCCACACGGGCACCGUUCUCUGCGGGAUCGUGGGCACCCGACGGGUCAAGUUCGAUGUCUGGAGCAACGACGUCAGCCUGGCCAACAAAAUGGAAUCCUCGGGGAAACCGGAGCAGGUGCACAUUUCGCAGGAGACCUCCAGCUUCCUGGGCGAUGCCUACUAUUUGGAGGAGGGCGAGGAGGUUUUCGGUCACCGCACCUACUUUGUAGUGGGUCGCCGUCGCGACUUCACCCGGACGAACAGCCUGAGUCCCAGCAUGCCGGCCAAUGGAGCGGGCAGCUCCCUGCUCCUCCCGGGAGCCCAUGGAGCGUCGCUCUCGCAGAGCGCCACCAAUGUGUCGGCGGUGCAGCCGAACGUGCCGCCUGCCUCGCCGGUGGGCCAGCUCUCCAGCUCGCUGAACCCCUCGCCAGUGCUCUCCAUGAGACCCAGGUUGACCUCCUUGAGCAUGAAGCUCCGCAAGAAGUCGCAGAGCAGGGAGCGCGACGUGGAAAGGGGCAUCAUCCAUCCGGCGGCGGCGGGGGUGCCACCAGUGAUUGUGGUUAGGGAGCGACCCAAGAUCAUCAUCACCACGAAAUCCCUGCCGGGCAGUCUGGACUCGGAUGAGCAAAUGCCGGGGAGUCCCUUGCCAGUUCAGGUGAAUCCUCCAGCCAGCGAAACGCGAUCGAAGAUCAAGUUGAAGGUGUGGAAAGUGCCGCGGUUUCUCAAGCGAUUCGAGGAUCUGACCAGCAGGCACAGCAGUUCCAGCAGCUCCACCACCACCACCGCUCACCAGGAGCGGGAGCGGGAGAGGGAGAGAGAGAAGGAGAGGGAGAGGGAGAGGGAGAAGGAGGAGCUGCACCACCAGAGCCACUUGAAUCCGGAGGAAACGCUCGCCUUCAUGGACAGUCAACUGCAGAAUGGCAACGGCUGUGGUUACCAGCAGCUUCCCGUUCUGGUGGAGACCUCCAGCCACCGCACCCAAACCCUGGACAUUCCGCCCGCUCGUCCGGUGCUCCACCAUGCGGCCACCUCGACGGCACUGGCGAGCAGUGUGCUCCGAUCCCCGGAAGCGGGAACGGGAACGGGAACGGGAACGGGCUGCUGCUCCCCCGGCCAGUACUCCAUGUACGACGACAUCAUCGAUGUGCGAUCCUACAUCAGUCAGUCGCGCAGCGACAUAUCUCCCUUCGGCCGAUCGGGGAGCUAUAGGUCGCAGUGCGGCCGGCAAUACGGGGGAGCAAACGGAGGUGGGACAGGAAAUGGAGGAGGAACAGGAGGAGCUGGUACCUCCCAGGCAGCCACAUCAAAUACAGUGGAGCAGUCGCCACUGCCUCGUCCGCGAGCUUCAACUUUGGCCACCGGGAGACCCACACCGAAUAGCCUGGAACCAGGAACCUCCUCCACGAGUCCCAGCUGUCUGCCUGCUCCUAGCAACUCCGGCGGAGGAGCUGGGAUCUUUCCACCCUCGCACUCCCGCCAGUCGAGCAUCUGCCCCUCGGCGACAUCUCGCAAGGAUUCGGGGAUCAAGAGCAACUCGAGGAGGUCCUCGAUUCAGCAGCAGAUCUACGCCCUCAACCAGUCGGCGAUUAGCCAGCACCGAGUGUCCGGCUACUUCACCAGCUCCACCUCGAGCAUCUCCAACUUGGGCGAUGCCCAGGCGAUGGGACUCCCGCUGGCCGCCCAGCCACCGCCGCCGCCGCUCCUGAUGCCCGCGUGCUCCUCGCAGAUGGCGGAUCCCCUGGCCGCCUGCCUGCAGCAGCUGCGCAAGCAGUCCGAUCUCCAGCUGAUCCGCUGCGUGCGGGACAACGCCAGGUCGCAGCGGAGCUACCUGGUGAAGCCGCCGCUCCGGAGGUUCAGCCUGUACUUCAAGUCGCGCCAGUUGGAGCGGGACUUCCGCUCGAAGGCCCAUCGCUUUGGGGCGGAGAACGAGACGGAGGGACCGCCGACUCUGGCCACUCCCAGGUACAACACCUACAUCGAUAUCUUCGUGGGCAUUGCCGUGUACCUCUGCAUCUCCGCCUCGCUCUUCCUGAUGACCCAGAACACGGUGAGUCCGAGCUUCCGCCUGUGGGUGACGCUCUUCUCCUGCUUCACGGCCAUCCAGGUGUUCGCCCUGUUCCUGUUCACCCGCCAGAUGUGUCGCCGGCAGAGCGGCAGCAGCGUGAGCCAUCGCCUGCGAUCCAAGUCCACCACCAGCGAGGACCUGGAGCGUGAGGAGCGAUCCGCUCCGGUUGCUCCGCGCUUCGAAUCCUGUGCAGAUCGCAUCUUCGAGGCCAUCUCCAGUUGGUAUCCCUGGCACAUCUGCUUGGCUGUGCUGAUGGCCAUGCCCGUUCUGCUGAUCAUCGCCAACUUUCUGCUGCUGGACCUGGAGCAACUGGAGGCCUUUGAGUACCACUACGGCUUCCUGAUCUUCGUGUGCAUCGUCCACUUCUGCAACUUUACGCAGCUCAACUGCUGGGUUCGCAAUGUCCUGGCCUUCUUGGCUGCCCUCUGCUUCAUUGGGAUUGCGGUGUCGCAGUUGAUGGUCUACAGCCACAAUCGAAGUGACCAGCAGCAGGAUCAGCCGGAUCAGCCGGAUCAGCCGGAUCAGCCGGAUCAUCGGGAUCACGAGGCAUCGAACUUCAUACAGGAGAUCAAGUGGUUUCAGGACUACCACGUGGAGAUCUACUUGGAUUUGCUGCUCAUCCUGGUUCUGGUUUGGUUCCUCAAUCGCGAGUUCGAGAUUGGUUAUCGGUUGACUUUCUAUGGGAAUGCGGUGGCCAACCAGGACAAGGUCCGAGUGCAGAACAUGAAGAACCAGGCGGACAUGCUGCUCCACAACAUCAUUCCGAAGCACGUGGCCGAGCAUCUGAAGAACACCGCCAAGUACUCGGAGAAUCACCACAAUAUAGCCAUUAUCUUCGCCUCGAUCGUCAAUUUCAACGAGAUGUACGACGAGAGUUACCUGGGUGGCAAGGAGUUCCUGCGGGUUCUCAACGAACUGAUCGGAGAUUUCGAUGAACUGCUGUCGCGUCCGGAAUUCCGAGCCGUGGAAAAGAUCAAGACAAUCGGCUCGACUUUUAUGGCCGCCAGUGGACUGGAUCCUUCGCAUCGCGGAAGCGGCGAUGAGCACAUCCACACCCUCAUGGAGUUCUCGAUUGCCAUGCAGGAGGUGGUGGAUGCCUUCAACAAGGAUCUGCUGGAGUUCAAUCUGAUCCUGCGGAUCGGCAUGAACAUUGGCGAUGUGACCGCUGGAGUGAUUGGAACGAGCAAGCUCUACUACGACAUUUGGGGCGAUGCGGUGAAUGUGGCUUCGAGGAUGGACUCCACUGGCCUGCCGAAUCGCAUCCAGGUGGGCAAGGACUGUCUGCCCUUCCUCGCCAAUCGCUACGAGUUCGAGCCGCGCGGCAGUGUCUAUGUGAAGGGCAAGGAUCACAUGGAGGUGUUCCUCUACACGGGACGCAGGGAGAAGCCGCUGGAGGCGGUGGACCAGCAGCUGCUGCUCAACAAGCUGGAUCACUUGGAUCGCGACAAGCAGGAGUACGAGGAGCAGGAGGAGGACGACGAGGAGGAGCAGGAGGAGGAGCAGGAGGAGGAGCAGGAGGAUGAGGAGGAGGACGACGACUUGCACUCCAGUGAGACGACCACGCUCUUCAAGUCGCACGAAUCGCUGCACGCCAAUGGUGGCACCACCAUUUCCCUUGCCAACAACAACAACAUCAACAACAACAACAUUGCCACAACAGCAGCAACAACGACAACCACAAACAACAACUCAAUGCCACUGGAAACCUAGGAAAAUUGCCAAAGACAACAACAACAACAACAACAUCCGAAAAGAAAAGAAAAGAAAAGAAAGGAAACUGAAGAGGGUAAAAAGCACUUGAGAAAUGGUUUCAAAAUUGCAUUUAAUGACUCUAACGUUUGGAGCAAGUUUUCCAUGGCUAAAAAAAGAAAACUGAGUUGUGUUGGCCAGAAAAAAAAAAAAGAAAGAAACCAAAACGGAAAAAAAACCAGAGGAUAUAGAAGAUGGAAGGGCGGGGGAUCUUAGAGAGGGGAACAUCGUGGUUGGAAAAAAAAAAGAAAAAAAAAUAAGAAAAGUAAGAAAGAACAACCGUGUUUUUUGUGAUAUAAAUGAAUAUGAAUAGAUAGAAAAGUUAGGAACGAUAGAAUCGGGUUAAAGUUGCUAGAGAUUGGGUUGAUUGAUUCAGCGAUUGAUUGACUAAUCGAUUGAUUGUUGUUUUUAGCAUUUUGGGGAGCUUAAAGACGAUGCAGAGAUAUCUACGAAUAUCCAGCAGAGACCCCAAAAAGAAUAUUCUAUAUAAAUUGAAAUGUAUUUAAUUGUACUAGCCAGUUGAUACAUCUGAAAACCAAACGAAAUGCUUUCUUUCCCUUCUACCACUGUUUUUUUUUUUACUAGCUGUAACUAAACUAAAUUAAACUAAUGGAAAUGCGUGGCUUUAAAUGGUAGUAGCGAAAUAUUAAUGUGGAUUGUAUGUAGUUUCAAUGUACCAUAGAGUUAACCGAUAUAUAUUAUAUAUAUGAAUAAGUAACUAAAUAACAAUUUUUUUUGAGCCAACGAAUGGAUAUUACCUGUAUGUAUUUGCUGUUGUUCAAUGUUGAUCAAUACGUGUAUAUAAAUGUAUGUAGCUAAAGUUAAACGAAAGUGUCUCGCAGACGAGGGUCUGCUGCCAUAAAAAAUCGUUGGUUAGGUUUGGUCAGCAAGGGUUAAAUAAUACAACAAUUAAAAUGAUUUUAAACCACUUUUUACCCUUUUUUUUUGUUCGCCCGAUUUUUGCUAUGAUAUUGCAGUUUUCCGAGCAAGGGUUAAGUCUUGAAAAGACUUUAACUUUUUGAAAGAGUAAAAAUAAUACUGUUAAACCGGGUUAUAACGCUAUUAUACAUGCGGCUUUUACAGAAGUUGAUAGAACAGCAAACAACCGAAAAGUAUGCACCAAAAUGCUUGCCACACACACACACACAGACACACACUAAGACAGGCACUCACCCACCAAAAAAGCUUUCACCCACACUCACUCGCCAACUUCCACACACACUGAGAAAAAUCAUUUUGUAAGCCUUUUGUAUAAUUUUUUUAUACAAAGGCACCUUUUGUGCAAUGAAACUUUGCCUCUUUCUAACGGUAAACUUAAGCAAAACUCUAUUUCCGCCACGAAAACUGAAAUGAAUUAAAACGAAUAAAAAUGAAGAAGCAUCAAAAUCAGCGAAAAUAUAUAACAAUGUAAACGUGUAUGUGUAUCGAAACCUAUGGACCCUAUUGUAUUUUUAUAUAAACAAAACAAGUAUUUUCUACUAAUUUAUUGAACAAAACUAAAACACAGAGACGUACAUUUUUUUCUUGUCUUUUUGAAACAUCUAAAUGUACAUACUACAUGAUAUAUAUAUAUAUACAAAUAUAUAUACAAUACAUGUAUUUAUAUUUAUAAUUGUAUAUUUUUAUAAAACAGAAACUGAACAGCAAAAAAAUAAGGGGAAGAGCGAAUGAUAUUUACGAAGAGUCUAGAUCCUGUUUACGAUGUGUAGAAAUGUUUAUAUGUUGUUAACGCUGAAAUCCCAACAGCAGCCAUCGAUGGCCAUAACCAUUGUAAGUGGAUCGUGUCCUACGUGUGUUUUAGCAAACGAUUUCAAAGAGUUUAUCGAAGUGUUAUAGGCAAACCUACUAAGCGAGAUGUGUAGAAAUAAACAAAACAAAAAAAAUAAACAAAAGGCAGCAGUCUUAUAUUGUAUGUACUUAAA